UGGUUGCCCAGCCUUGUGACUUCCUAUGCCAUGAGAUUGUUAUAUGCGCAUGUAGCGGUUCGCGGUGUUCUAAAUGGGACAAUGUGACGGGUCGGAAGUGACAGCCUUAACCGUGUGGGGUUAACGAUUAAGCCAGGUACGGACGGUUACCGUUACCAGGCAUGCAUACCGGCACCCACGCAUCAGGCUGCAGCACACAUUAUAACGGAGUGCAGGAUAUGAGACAACAGUUUUGAGGCGUUCAGCAGUGCGCUCUGUUCAGCGUCUGUUCACUCGUCUCCUCUGUGGACUUCUGCGUUUUAGGUAAACAGCAGCCAGAGCGCUGAGGGGAAGUGUUCUCCUGUAGGGCUGCUCCGUAACUAUAUCCUUGUGCUGCAGACCUUUAAAUACUCCUCAUAAAAUAGACACUUGGUGAAAGGUGAGACCAUCCCAGCCCAGGACACGAUCUGGAGCGAGCUAGUCUGAAAGCACCGUCAGAGCGCGUGCAGGACUGACCUGCGCUCUUGGAUGACUUUCUGAAAAGAACUUCAGGCUACUAGCUGGACCUGCAAUACUUCAUGUACUUUUUCAUACCAACUUUUCAAGACUUUUUGGUUACCAGUCGUUGUUGACCAGAUAAACAUUGGUUUGUUUGUUUUUGCUCUCUUAAAAAUAUAUAAUUGUUUCAUUCUUCUAUACAUCUGCCUACGGUGCUUACGCAGUGAAUGGAGGACAUACUCCAGCUUCUCCCGAAGCACCGGCAAAUUCUCACACACGCCUGGGGGAGAGCAGCUACUCACACCUGCCUUUGCAGGAGCUUAGUUGAGCUUUCAAAACGUUUUUUACCACUUAAUUUUGCGUUCAUGACCACACCUGAGUGCCACUCACCAGCAUUCUUUAAUGGGAUAAAUUCACUUGUGAGAUCAGGUUAUUAAAAACCGAUCAAGGGGAAUCUAAACCAACCAUCCCACACCUUUUUGCCAUAGCCUAUAUUUGUAAUUCAGUCUACUGUCCCCAAAAGCUUCCGCAUGGUACUUUGGUCGAAAGAGCAAGACCAACCGCCGGACACCGACAUGUCAUCCGGGGCGAUAGAAAUGAAGAGAGUGGUACCACCGGUGUACCUCCACUCCAACGGCUCUGUUCACCCGGCCAUCCUCACCGAUGACCCCGAGGAGAUGAGACCGGAGGAGAUGAGACAGGAGGAGAGGGGCGAGUACGAGCUCACAGAAGUGACAUCCUUCACAGACAGGUCUGGUGAACCGGGAGAUGAAGGCCGGGAGAUAGUGGUGAUAGACUGCAGGGCGAAUGCCAAGGGCCAGCGCGAGGAGGACGCUCUCCUGGAGAAUGGCAGCCAGAGCAACGAGAGCGACGACAUAAGCACUGACCAGAGCCCAGAGCCACCAGCGCCGUUAAAAGAGACGUCCUUCUCCAUCGGCCUCCAGGUGGUCUUGCCAUUCCUGCUGGCCGGGUUCGGGACGGUGGCGGCGGGCAUGGUGCUGGACAUUGUUCAGCACUGGACGGUGUUUACAGAGGUGACAGAAGUCUUCAUCCUGGUCCCAGCGCUGCUGGGGUUAAAGGGCAACCUGGAGAUGACACUGGCUUCCAGACUGUCCACAGCGGCUAAUAUUGGUCAGAUGGACUCAGCCAAGGACAUGUGGAAGAUGAUCGUUGGAAACCUCGCCCUCAUCCAGGUCCAGGCCACGGUAGUAGGGUUCCUGGCGUCCAUCGCCGCGGUGAUCUUUGGCUGGAUCCCAGAAGGGAACUUUAGACUGGGACAUGCUAUCCUGUUGUGUGCCUCCAGUGUGGCAACUGCAUUCAUCGCUUCUCUGAUACUAGGGAUCAUUAUGAUUGGUGUAAUCAUCGCAUCCAGGAAGGUGGGCAUCAACCCUGACAAUGUGGCCACGCCCAUCGCUGCCAGUCUGGGAGAUCUGAUCACCCUCUCUCUGCUGGCUGGCAUCAGCACAGGACUGUACAAGGAGCUGGAGUUUAACGACUAUGCCAACCCGUUGGUGUGUGCUGUGUUUGUGGCGCUGACCCCUCUGUGGGUGCUGAUCGCUCGGAGGAUCCCCUCCACCAGAGAGGUGCUCUACUCAGGCUGGGAACCUGUCAUCAUUGCCAUGGCAAUCAGCAGUGUUGGGGGUCUGAUCCUAGAUAAGACCGUGUCCAACCCCAACUUCGCUGGCAUGGCUGUCUUCACUCCUGUUAUCAACGGUGUGGGAGGUAACCUGGUAGCGGUGCAGGCCAGUAGAAUCUCCACCUAUCUGCACAUGAAUGGUAUCCCCAUGGGAGACCCUGACCCCAACCCCAGGAAAUGCCCCACCCCCUGCACUUCCUUCUUUGGUUCCAAUGUCAACUCUCGUUCAGCACGGGUGCUCUUCCUCCUGGUUGCUCCAGGUCACCUGGUCUUCCUCUACACCAUCAACUCCAUGCAGGGAGGACACACCACACUAACAUCCAUCUUCAUAGCCUUCUACAUGGCUGCUGCAUUACUGCAGGUGUUGAUCCUGUUGUACCUGGCUGACUGGAUGGUCCACUGGAUGUGGAGUAGGGGGAUGAACCCUGAUAACUUCUCUAUUCCUUACUUGACGGCCCUGGGAGAUCUGCUGGGGACCGGCUUCCUGGCCCUCUGCUUCCAUGUCCUCUGGCUCAUUGGAGACAGAGACACUGACGUGGGAGACUGAACACACACCUGGACAGCAUACAUACAUAGCAUCAAUUCGGGCUCACCGGAAACAACCUGAACAACUGAACUGUACAGUAUCUCCCUCUGGACAUCGGAACAACUGAAUCACUUUCAGACCCAGACCUCAACCCUAACCCCUUGACCUCCAAUCUCCCCCCAAACCCCUCCCCCUGGGUCACAGACUAUGCCAUUUUUUCUUUAUUUGACUAAAUAAGAGUUUUACUACUAUUGUUUUUAUUGUUAUUAUGAUGACGAUGAUUAUGAUUAUUAUUGUUAAUAUUGAAUUUGAUAAGAAUCUAUAUCUGUUUUACCAUUGGGUGGGUGAAUCCUCAUUAUUUUCAAUGGGGACAUUCUCCCUUGGGCCAGUCACAUUGGCAGCAUUUGUAAAGAUGAGCUCGAUCUUAAAGACUUGAAAUGAAGACAGACAGACAGCAAAAAAACCUCACACAAGCCUAGAAUGCUUAAUCACCAAGUGCUAUACGUAUAAAGAGAUGAAUACAUUUUUAAGGGACCCUUCCAAUUUGCCUUGCCUUGAGAGUAGUGAUUCAGUGGGGGCAGCUCCACAGGGGCCCGGACCAGAAUGUAGAGACCUGAAUCCGCUUAGGUAACAACCCCCCAACCCUGUUAAAGGAUGACUGAACACUAACCUGAAAAGAAACAGGAAGAUUUAAGUUGCCCUUAAGCACAGAUCUAGAAUCAGUUUACCCUCUCCAAAUCCUAACCUUAACCAUUGGGGAGGGAUGAAAACAUAACUGACCCUGUAUCAGUGGUAAGAGGCAACCUCAACCUAGUUCAUGGACAUAGGUCCUGCCAGUUGGUACAGUCAGGUGCUACAUUAUGUUUCAUAGGUCACCAAGGAGGUGCCAGAUCAUACUGUCAGGUACCACAUUAUGUUUCAUAGGUCACCAAGGAGGUGCCAGAUCAGACGGUCCGGUGCCACAUUAUGCUUCAUAGGUCACCAAGGAGGUGCCAGAUCGUACGGUCAGGUGCUACAUUAUGUUUCAUAGGUCACCAAGGAGGUGCCAGAUCAUACGGUCCGGUGCCACAUUAUGUUUCAUAGGUCACCAAGGAGGUGCCAGAUCAGACGGUCAGGUGCCACAUUAUGCUUCAUAGGUCACCAAGGAGGUGCCAGAUCAUACGGUCAGGUGCCACAUUAUGUUUCAUAGGUCACCAAGGAGGUGCCAGAUCGUACGGUCAGGUGCCUCAUUAUGUUUCAUAGGUCACCAAGGAGGUGCCAGAUCAGACGGUCAGGUGCCACAUUAUGUUUCAUAGGUCACCAAGGAGGUGCCAGAUCAUACUGUCAGGUACCACAUUAUGUUUCAUAGGUCACCAAGGAGGUGCCAGAUCGUACGGUCAGGUGCCUCAUUAUGUUUCAUAGGUCACCAAGGAGGUGCCAGAUCAGACGGUCAGGUGCCACAUUAUGCUUCAUAGGUCACCAAGGAGGUGCCAGAUCAUACGGUCAGGUGCCUCAUUAUGUUUCAUAGGUCACCAAGGAGGUGCCAGAUCAUACGGUCCGGUGCCACAUUAUGCUUCAUAGGUCACCAAGGAGGUGCCAGAUCAUACGGUCAGGUGCCACAUUAUGCUUCAUAGAUCACCACCAAGGAGGUGCCAGACCGUACGGUGCCACAUUAUGUUUCACACUCAGUUGGAGGGUUGUUUUUUAAAUUAAAGUCAACCCCAAUUCAUGCCAAACAUGUCCUUAGUGGUCCUUGAGGCCUCAAUGCUCAAUAGCAAGGUUUCAACACCUCCUUGUUGUCCCCUGGUCCCCUGAAUCCUCCUAAAGGGCUACGAUUGUGACAUUUCUUUAAUUACAUUUGUUUAUUCUUUGUUUUCACACAAACACUUAGACAGAAAGUGUUUGGACUUCAUUAGUUAGUGAGGAAAGACAGGAUGUUGAGGGAGGAAUUGUCAAACCAAUAUUGCCUGCUUAGGAAUAUCAUGCAAACAUCUUGCUCGCUCUUUCUGUCUCUCGCUCUCUCAAGCUUUCUCAAAUGGUUCAAACAAUAUCAGCGAUCUUCUUGAGUUGAAGCAACUCAAGGCCUGUCCAUGCUGACUACCACACUUCCUUAAUGUCUGUUGUGCAUUGUACAUACGCACUGUGCAGCUGACCUACAAUAUCUGCCACAGACGCCAUGCUUCAAAAUGGCCUCCUAUCCUACCCACAUUAACAUACUGUCAGUAUAGACACUCUAAUUCUCGUAAGCAGCAGAGCCCAGCUUGAUGGUGAAAUGCAUGUGUUAUCAUCUGAUGCUUUGUUAUCUGGUGUUCAAUUUAUAUGUUGUUUUAAGGGGCCAGCAGAGUGCAUGUGCAGGGCACAUAACAUGAAUAUUCAAAACGUGUGCAUUAUGAGUUAAGUUUCCUUCUCUUUAAAAGAUAAUGUAUCCUUCUUAGGUUUGACACAAUUUACAAAGUGGAAGUUGUGUCCGUUAUUAGAUGUAUUCUUUAAGUUCAUAAUUUUUCUUAAUCCUUCUGUGAUCUUAUGUGUUAGAGAAUGAUUAUGUCAUGUUUAUGAUUGAGAGCCCCAGUGGGGUUAAGUGUCACUGUUGGAAAGUACUGUAAUAUACACACACAGGCACCAGAGGGCAACAUUGUCAUAUGAGUGAAUGUGAGACAGUGCUGAUAGUGAUAGUGGCUGUUCACUAUUAGCUUCAUCUAGAUUAUAGAACCUGUAUCCAAGAUUCUAAUGUAGAACCUGCAUUUUCUAGAUUCUAGAAUUUGUAUUUUCUUGAUUCUAUAAUCUGUGUCCAUGAUAGAAUUACAUACCUUCUGGAUUCUAGAGCCUGUAUCCAAAAUUAUAUUCUAAAACCUGUAUUCUUGAGGCGGAACCCUGAAUCUAGAACCUGGGUUCUCUCUGCUGUCUUACUGAACCUGUGCCAGCGUUCUGCCCCAGUACGGAUAAGAGGUUGUGAAUACUUCUUCAGGGGAAGGAAUGCUUUUUCUAUUUAUUUUUAGAUGCACACAAAGCAAAUUGUAUAUACUAUAUUUAUUCUAUAAAUAAGGUGUUUAUUUUUCAUUUAAUUUUGUCUCUGUUCUGUCGCUGUUUUUGUAAUUGUUUCUCAUUUAAUUUUUUUGUUCAUCCUUUUUUGGGUUGUAUCCAGCCAGUAGAGCUUCAGCGCUGCCGCGGUAGAUUAGCGCCUAGGCUAACAAACAGUGUGGGUGCCUAAUAUCUGAUGAACCUCACACAACUUACAUCCCCUGCCCUCGGGCAGGGACCCAAACAUAGAAGGCCUUAACCUAUCAGGAACCAAGCUCAACACAUAGUAACCAAUCAGGAGCUAGGCUCACCACAGAGUAGAAUCUCUCUAAUUAGCUUUUAUUAAUAACUGACAUACCUUGAUUUGAUGUUGUAAUGUAAUGAAUGAAUAAAUAAUCUAUGAGAGAGGCUGCAUGGUUGCAAUGGUUGCAGUGUUUGGGAAUCACUAAGGACAGAACCUUCAAUUGAGAACAUAAAUGAAUAGAUGGAUAUUGUAAACAGAAGGCUCUGACUAGAACAGACUAGUGGUCAGACAACAGAGGUAUAACGGAUGGAUCAUUUCUCAAUAACCACAUUCCUCAACCCUCACCUCCCAGACACACACACACACUACUAGCACAAAAUGUCCAUACAGAUAUAUUGGUUACACACACAAACACACACUUAAUCUGGAACUGUGUGCUCCCCCUGCUGUCCCCCUCUCUAACCCUGUAACUGUAGUGGGGUUCACAAUCUGCAGGACUUUAUAAAUUGCUGGAAAUAAAGGACUAUAUUAUUUUGUACCACU